GGGCGGGAGCCGCUACAUCUGCAAAACCACGUCGCGAAAAUCGCCGCGAACCCCCCGGCAGCCGGGCUGGUCGCCUGCGCCGAAGGGUACGCGCACCGGUUCCGCGACGCAGACAACCUGUUUCAGCGCAAGGAAGGCGACCAGGACAUCAGCCAUCAUUCGAUCUUAUAUUCAGCAAUCGGGCCGCAGCGGCACGGUUGGGUGAUGCUGUGGAAAGAUGGAUUGCAGCGGAUGCAUGUGGUCGAGCCUAAAGACCCCGUUCGCGACGUGGGCCCGCUCGCCUGUCCACGAACUUUGUGGAGGUGUCCACCGCCCCGCAGCCGUUUAUUCGCGACGAAAAUUGAGAGUCGUGAUGAUGAGCUUGUGAGGAUGAUGAACCGAGGACAGAAUGGCACCACGACUGGUGCGCCGCCCCCCACGUCGUCGACCCCGAUGGGGAGGUCUUCAUCAAAUGAAUGCCGCGAGGACCAGCACGAGGACAUCGCGUCCGCAUGUCGCGGAGAUCAUGAUGCAACAUCCCCGGAGACCACCACCAUGUUCGAAACUUUUUCUCUGCUGGAGAUCCUGAAGACGGUGAGCAUGCUCGUGGUCCAAACGGCCUCCGCGCGCGUUGCGUCGCUGCACCGCGAAUACGCCUUUUUCGACCGGCUGGCUUUCACAGAUCUCGAUGCGGACGAGCAUGAGGGAGAUCAUCUUCAUGCAGGAGGUAGCUGUUCUUGUGCGGACGACGAGGAGGAAGAUCAGGAGCAUCAUUCGGCGCGACCGCCUCAUUAUACCGCAUGCGCAAGUAGGAGCAGAGAGACCGAAACGCGAGGCACAGGAGACGUCGCGCGACAGAAGCCCCCGAGUAGAUGCACGAAGAGGACCACUGCACAGGGGGAAGAGCAAAAAUUUUCGGGACAAGAAGCAGCGGCAGCCGUUGUAAAUGAAGGCGAGGAUGAUCAUGAAGAUGAUCAUGACGUGCCAACAACACCCAUGUCACCCGCGGAGCUGAAUUUUUUCGGAUCACGCAGUAGUAGCUUCAACCAGGCUGCGCAGGGCUCGUCUGCCGCCGCGUCGCCUGUUCAACAACAUAACGCGUGCUGUAGUGAACAACAAGGACCACCAGCACCGGCGCACACAGAAGGCACAAGAGCAACUGCAGGACCAGACUUUUUAUCCUAUGGACCCGUCCGCGGAACUACAACUACUGGCGCAACAGCGGAGGAAAUGAACUACAAGCAAGGGAACAACAUCAAGAAGGUGUUCGACUUUAGCAAGAAUUAUGAUCAUAGCAUGUCACAACUAGAAAGCAAGAUACCACUCGAACUCGGAGCUUCCUCGAAAACGACCACUGUUCCGGGGAUCCAGCCAGGCUUUGGAGCGGGCGGAAUGAAAAAUAAUAAUAAUGACAAACGCGAUCGCGAGGACCACGACAUUUCGGCCCAGCACCAGGACAUCACUGUGGUCCUCUCCUGUGCGGGACACGAUCAGGAAGAUGUGGCAAUGGUCGUGAGAAACAAAAAUGAGAACAACAGCAUAGCUGACAGUGGUCCAGGCGGAGCGGGACAAAUAAAAGGAAUGCAAUUGCCGCUUGAUCUUCAUCAAGGCGAAGGUGCAGCAGCUGCAACGACUAUGUACAGCGACACGGCCUUUCUUUCCGCCUCGAGCUACUACUCGCCGCUCAAUUUCAACGCCUCAACCUCGCCGCAUUUCGCGACUUUAUUAAACUUGAAUCAGCAAAACGCAAAUUCUACACGCAGAGAAGCAGUGGAACAUGUUGACGGCGCGCCGCUUUUGAUGAGACGACCGGAGCAUGCGGCCGAAUUGGUCCUGCCGCGGCCGCCUUCGACGUCGGUGCCUGUUGGUCGAAGCACACGAGAAAUAGACAGGGACGAAAGAAAAAUUCCGAUUGAGACGGGGGACGAGGUCAUGAAGAUCUUGUCAGUGGAGAAGAAAGGUUGCACUUCGACUUCUACUUGUUCUGGUGGCCCAGCAGGAGCUGUUCUUUCAGGCACAUCUUCAAAAGCGUCUUCUUGUCCCGCCACUGGUACUACAGCUGAAUUACAAUCGAGUGAAAGAACUUCCGCCGCGAGAACGGGGACCUCUUCUAGUCAUCAACAUGAACAAAAGCAACCCACGACUUCCAAGCAGAAGAAAAAAUGCAACCAGAAGAAGUUCCUGACGCUGGAGAAACUGUUAUCGGACGUGCUCGCGCCGCACUGCGCGGAUAGAAAUAGUAUUAACUAUCGCGCGGCGCCCUGGGAGGAGGUAGCGACCCCGUUUGAAAAGUUGGGUUCCGAGGACUUCCUUCUGAAGAAACAGCCGCUCCCGGAAGACGGCCCGCUGUCGCCCGAGCAAAUCAAAGCAUUGCACGAAGCCGGGCAGACGAACGCGAAAGUACCGCCUCACCUGAGGAAAAUUGUAAUACCAGUGAUACCUCCGAAGGAGCCGGGGCUGGAGCUGCAGCAGGAAGGCGCUCAGCAGGACGAGGAGAACUACGACAUGGAUGUCGAGCCGCAUGACCUUUUUUCUGCUAGUGAAAGAGGUGGUUCACAAGCAGCAGAUGAAGAACCGCGUGUCGUGCGGGGCGACGAGCCCGUAAGUGAUCGUAAAGAACCCCAGCAAGGCGAAGUAAGUAGAGAACAAAAUCAAGUAACACCCCCUUCUCCUCCACAGGACGAUAGCUACGGUCUCCUGUCUCUCCUCGCGACCCUGCUUGUGUGCCCUGCUGCUGACCACGUGCAAGAAGACCAUGAUGAGUCUUUAUUUACAAGCUCCCCCUCGAGCGGGAGGACGACAGAAGCCGAUCGUGCUGCUCCUUUGAAGAAUAAAAAGAAGAACAAGAAGAACAUCAGCCCCAGGUUCCAGUUAGUGCAGAUUGAACAGGAACGGACGCGCACGGUACGAAACUGAAAAGUUGUAGUGUCCCACCUACUUCCCCAGAAAUGCUUGGAACGUGGUAGACGCGCACUUCCAGAAUGCCCGCUGUUGCAGUCGUGCCUUGUUUAUUUUGCAUAAGAUCUACUUACCCAAAUCUUUGCUAUUUUGCUGCACUGUGAAUUUGAUGUGUCCCUGGUGCUGGCAUACGCAUACGCAAGAUGGGACGUCGUGUACUAGCUUCCUUUCGGGCAACAUCAAAGCUUUGCGCUACACAUGCAGCUUCCAAGUUUGUUUCGGGUAAGUAGUUUUCCUCUCGAAAAGCGGAGUUGCAGAAUCGCAUCGAGGAUGACGGAUUUCCUGAAGACUACCCAAGGUCGCCCGGGCAGGUGCACCUGCAGGCCGAGAAUUACCGGCGGGAGGUCAUUCUUCCGUCGGAGGUCAACUGUCAGAAAAUUGUGGCCAAGCCGUGUCGGUGCCCCUGGGAAGAGAAGCAGUUCAAUGCGCUGUGCCGAGAGUUAGAGGAGGAACUACUAAUAAAAAAGCUUCAAGAAUUAUGUCGGGAGCAGAGCAACAAGGGGUAUGCGAAAAAUGUCAAUGAACAUUCUUUUUGUUCUCAGCAUCAUCAAGAAAAUCACUAUCAUCGUAGUACAACAACCAUCAACCUAAGAAUCCCCACCGUCGACCACACGACGAGAAGAACACAGCAAGCUACAGUGCCUCCAAGUGGACGAUCACGUCGACAAGAGAAUCCAGCCUUAAUUCCAACGUACUCCUUUGACGCCCCACCGUCGCAGCAGGUGCAGUACUGCAGGGACAAGGGCCGGUGUGUGCGUACGCGCUUGGACCGAGCCCGGGGGGAUUUCGUGCAGGAGAUGUUCGCGGUGCACCCGAAAUUCCUGGUAUGAGAGUACAAAACCCCCCUGCUCCCCCUCGUCAUUUGUCAUGCAAAACCCCAAAAAAUAAAAAUCUAACUCUAAGACUAAGUGCAUCCCUGUGGCACUGUUUAUUGCAUGACAGAUUCCGGAAGUAGCCAAAACAGUACGACACUCGGCGCAUGAAUUUGUCAUGCAUCCUCGGCUCCACGUGUACUGUACAGGUGUUUGUAUUGCUGUUCAUGCAAAAUGUAGUAAAUAACAAAUGAGGGAAAAGGGGAGUUGUGCACUCUCAUACCUGGGGAAGGGCAUCUCGCUGGAGUACACCACUUACAUCUUCGAGGAUAUGGAGGUGUCAGAAUCGAAAUUGACAAAAUCAAAAAAUUUGUGAUGCACAAAAUCGACACCAGUUGGAGCCUCAGUUUGUAAGUGGCGCAUGACAAAUUUCGGGAGCACCCAAAUCCCGUCUGUCAUGCUGUUUGGGCAAAGAACGCUGCUCCUGUCAUGCUACUCGCGCAGCCCAUUGCAUACCCCUAAACAGGCUUCCAAUCGGUCUCAUUUGCCUGCUCCCCAACACAGGCCUUACGUGCCCUACAUUUUAUGCAUCACAAAUCAUUUUGAUUUUGUCGAUUUCGAUCCUGACACAUCCAUAGAGGAAAAUAAAGACUCGUUUGAAAGUAUUUUCCCCGGCGCAACCCCCCUGGAGCGGGAGAGCCGGAGCAGAACGUUUCAAGCCACGACACGAAAGCCGAACCGGCCGCGGUUGCAGAUCGAGGUUACCUUACGGACCGAGCACGGGUCGCAGGCCCAAUCCGUCCCGAUCGUACGCAAGGAUAACCCGAAAAAAACCGUGCUCAACCGACACAGCAGCGGGGUGCGAGUCCGGAUAAAGGCAAUUGGGGCGGAGAUCGCGUUUGUGGACCUGCAUUUGUGAUGAAAAUGUAGUUGUAGCUGUAAGUGGUUGUAGAAACGAGCUCUCGUCGUAGUUGCGGAUGCGGACCGUGUGCUGCGUGGAACAGGCUGGUGCUGCCCUGUAUCGUUCUCACCGGGGAGUUGAACAAACGUAUGAAUCCGAAAAAAAAUCUUAAUCGUUUUUUACAAAAAACUGAAUCUACUUUGUCUUUGUCUUGUAUCACAUCUUCACCUUCAACUGUUAAACUAUCUGAAAUGGAAUGUAUACACAUCUUCAGAGCUGCAAAAAGAAAAAGAAUUCCUAGAGACUACAAAUUUUUGUAUACUACGGCCGCUCGUUGCCAUCGGAUUGCAUCGAGAGUCUAAUGAGUAAUCAGCGGCUAAUUUUAAUGGCAAUGUUUCUGUACACUAGCAGCAAUGUAGUUGCAUUGUAUUAAUUUGUAGCACGCAAAAACGAAAGAUGACACGACGCUAUGAAUUGAUGUUGGCUGCGUGUUGCAGUGAAAAUUCGAAUGUAGGGGAUAUCUCGGUAGAGUAAAGUUGGAGCUGGGGGCGGAAAGGAAAACUGCCGCUCAAUGGAAAAAACGCGAUAAGAAAAGCACGAGCUGCGACGUGUAGACCGC